AUGUCUAAGCAGAAUUUAAUAUCAAAUUUAAUAGAGUUAAAGAGCAUAAGAAAUGCCCAAGACUUCGAGUACGCGGUACAAAUAACACGAUGGCUACUUCAACCAUUAGGCAUCUGGCCCAUGAAAAGUUCGACUUUCUUUUCAUCUAUCCUGCGUUCGCUUUCGAUCGCUACUUGCACUUUUCUUCUUGGUUUUCUUUUGGUGCCUUGUUGUCUUCACAUGUUUCUCAUUGAAAAGGAUCUUGGGGUAAGAUUGAAGAUGAUCGGUCCACUUAGCUUCUGCUUGAUGAACAUCUUCAAGUACUACGCUGUCCUGAUAAAGGAUGGUCAGAUUAGCUCGUGCAUCGUGGACAUGGCAGGUGACUGGCACAGGCUUGAAGGAUCAGAGCAACGAGGUUACAUGUUGGAGAAUGCCAAGACCGCAAGGGUCUUUACGACGAUCUGCGCAUUAUUCAUGUACGGUGGUGGCCUACCAUACAGCACGAUUUUGCCUCUUACCAGAGAUGCAAUCAUUGUGGGCAAUGAUAGUUACCGGCACUUGGCUUAUCCGAGUUACUUUAUCUUCUUUAACCCACAUAUUCGACCAAUAUACGACCUGGUAUUCUUCGCACAUUGUCUCUGCGGUUUCGUCAUGUACUCCGUAACCUGUGGUGUCUGCAGCAUUGCCAUCCUCUGUAUCAUGCACAUUUGCAGUCAGUGCAGCAUUACCUCCGCCACUUUGCGUAGUCUCACUAGUGACGUCGAUGAGAAGACAUUCGGGAAGAUCGUCACUCAGCAUCUACGAUCUUUAAAGUUUGCAUCAAAAUUGGAAAAGAUCCUGAACGAUAUGUGCUUGGUUGAACUGAUUGGAUGUACUUUUAACAUUUGCAUGCUAGGGUACUACUUCAUUACGGAAUUCGAGCAAAGUGAAACAGUAGGGACCAUAACGUAUUCUUUACUGCUCAUAUCCUUGACAUUUAACAUUUUCAUCUUCUGCUAUAUAGGAGACCUGUUGACUGAACAGUGCGAGAACAUAGGAGAAGUGGCUUACAUGAUAAACUGGUAUCAGUUCUCAGGAAAAGACGCUCGUAAUAUAAUCCUAAUAGUUGCGUCGACACAGAGACCGGUUGUCCUCACUGCCGGAAAAAUGGUUACUCUCUCAAUCAGAAGCUUUUGUAAUGUGAUAAAGGCGUCAGUGACAUACCUCAACAUGCUGCGAACUCUCACCGCCAGCGAAAGCUAG